AUGGAAUACUUACAGGCCAAUCCCCAACGUAUCAAGUCAUGGAAUGCGGGUAUGAGAUUGGGUCGUAUUGGCCAUCGCACCAGCGCAUUCCCAUUCCAGAAAGCUUUGGAGCUUGACCCUCCGGUUGCUGAGGGUGCAAUUGCCGUUGUGGAUGUUCGUGGUGGUCGUGGCCAGGCUUUGGAGGGUAUUCGUCAGGAUUAUCCUGAUAUGAAGGGCCGCAUGAUCUUGCUUGAUUUGCCGGAUGUCGUUACCGACGCUACGAAUAAUGGAUCGCCUCAAUAUAUUGAGACGGCUCCAGCGUCCUUCUUUAAUCCUUUGCCUCGGGGACAAGAAUUGCUUGAAAACACCAAGAAGUACAUGGACGACUACUCACGCAUUGCCAUUGCCGACAUGGUCCUCGCUGACGUCGGAUGCCUACGCGAUCUUGCCAUGCAGGACAUCAACAUGAUGAGUCUGGGUGGUAUGGAGCGAUCCGAGUCCGAGUGGAAGGAGUUGAUUGCAUCGGCUGGACUGGUGCUUAACAAGAUCUGGUACAACCAGGAUGGACCCAAGCAUGCGGUUGUUGAAGCCGUGUUGCCUGCGUUCAAGGGGCACAAGCUUGAAUAG